GAUAUAAAUACUGGUGGAAGUCUCAUGGUUUGCACAGAAGGCAUCGAAGAACAGCAAGAGCAAAGAAGAUGAAUCCCAUCGUCAUCUUGACCGUCCUAUUGGUAGCAACUGGUACAAAUGCACAGGAGGAUUCCAAGCGGAGUUUCUCGGAUCUCGGCUGUAUGGGCGUCUAUGACAAAGCCAAGUUUGCUAGGUUAGACAGAGUGUGCGAAGAGUGUUACCAACUCUUCAGGGAAUCAGACGUUCUCACUUCAUGCAGAUCCAACUGCUUCAAAAAUGAAUAUUUUGCGGGAUGUGUCGACGAAUUAUUGCUGCGAAAGGAUCAGCAGAGAUUGGACAACAUGGUUGACUUACUUUACGGUAAAAGAAGAUGAAAGGAAAUGCAUUAGAAGAAUUGGUUACAUGUAAUGAAUCAGCUUCGCUUGUAUUUUAUAAAAUAAGUUAAUAAAAGGCUUGCAACUUU